GAUCCCUUCGGAGGGUAAAGCUGUCCAAGGGAAAAGAAACGGAGAAGGUCAGAAGCAGGGCAGUGGAGGAAGGAGGUUUAGGAGGAGUGACAUCCUCAGCAGUUCCUGAAUUUUCCUCUUCUCUCUGUGAAAUCCUACCCAGGUACCUAAGAAACAAUCAGUCGAAAAUGUCAGCCUUCCGAGCUUUCUGGAACAGCCCAGUGGGUCCCAAAACAACUCAUUUUUGGGGCCCUAUUGCUAAUUGGGGCUUUGUUAUUGCUGGAUUGGUAGACACACAGAAACCCCCAGAGAUGAUAUCUGGCAACAUGACUGGAGCGAUGUGUGUUUAUUCAGCAUUGUUCAUGAGGUUUGCCUGGAUGGUUCAGCCCCGCAAUUAUCUGCUUUUGGCAUGCCAUGCCUCCAAUGAGACGGUUCAGCUCUAUCAGUUAUCUCGUUGGGCAAAGGCUCAGGGGUACUUGGACCAAAAGAAAGAGGGAGCUAAACAGCUGUAGCAUUGAUGCCUCUUCCCCCUCCCCU